AUGUUCGCUAAGGUGUUGUUCGUAUGCGCGCUAGUAGGCGUCGCACGCGCAGGUUUGAUCGCUGCGGGUCAUGGCGCAUUGUCGUCACAGAGCAUCGUGCUGGGCGCCCCUGCCCUUGCGCAUGGCUACGGAGGUUACGCUGCAGCGGCACCUGCUUUUGGAUUAGUAGACACUUAUAAUCCACUUUACAUUGAGAAGAAUGUCUUCAAGAAGUCAUCUAUAUUUAAUGGUGCGAAUAAAGCUAAACCUGAAAAAUUCCAGGCCCACCCCCGCUACCAGUUCAACUACGGUGUCACUGACGGUCACACCGGCGAUCAGAAGAGCCAAUGGGAAGCCCGUGAUGGUGACGUCGUGAAGGGCCAGUACUCCCUCGUUGAACCCGACGGCACUGUGCGCACUGUCAACUACUCUGCUGAUGACCACAAUGGUUUCAACGCCGUAGUCAGCAGGCACGGUCACGCCGCGCACCCCGCUGCCCACGCAGUGGUAGCCGCCCCAGCCCUUGGCCAUGGUCAUCUCCUCCACGGCUAA